AUGAGUGAAUUACCUGACUACGUGCUUGAUCCAGAUGCUGUCCUUAAAGACAUCAGUGCAGCCUGGCGCCAUGGCAAUGCUCCGGAUUACUCCAAGACAAGAGCCUUUUAUGAAAAAAGCACUCCCCUCUUUCUCCCUUUCCUAGUCGAAAAUCUCGUGAAGAAUUGGGAAAUCGAAGCCUCCUUCAAGACAGACCUAUCCGACUGGCGUACCAUAGAUCAGGCCGUAUACACAGUUUCCCUGAAUGGUGGUGAAAGACGAACAGGUCACCAUAUGUUAGAAGUGGGGACCUAUAAUGCUCUCCUGACCGCGAGUCAGUAUUAUGAUCCUGCACACAACAAUUUCAACGAUUCGCACAAGUCAUUUAAGCGGAUGAUGCCAACGUUUGCUUGGGAGGUACUUGAAGUAUACUCUGGUCCUCCCGUUGUUGCCUUUCGGUGGAGACAUUGGGGCGAGAUGAAGAACGAUUACGUGGGAUACAAUAGCUCCUCUGAGAAGGUCAAGAUCCAAGCGCACGGUGGCCCGAUUGACAUUGAAGGAAUUAUAGUGGCCAAGGUCAAUGAUAAACUACAGGUACAGAGUCUUGAUGUCUGGUAUGACCCUAUGGCAAUGUUUCGCCAAAUUAGCAAAGAGGACCAGAUUAGCAGCGAGGGUAGCAGUAGCGGGUGUCCGUUUGUGCAGGGUUAG